AAACAGCCCUUGGCAGUGGAAGAAUGAUGGAGGCCAAUCCAGAGAGAUGUCUGAAUUGUUGGAAAAUCCGCCGCAUCGCAUACGUCACAGGACUAUCAUGCAUGUUCAAUGGGAAACCUCCAGCUUUUGCCCCUCUCGUUUAAAAUGGCCAUUCAUCCUGUGGUAUCCCUUUUCUUUUGCAAAAGACUAUGUCUGAUUUUCCAGUAGUCGGGAAAAUUGUAAAUACUGCAUAGUGCUCCAGAAUCUGAUUAGAACACCAAAACUUCCCUAGACACACGAAGUAAAAGGUCAGGAUGAAGCUCAAUUUACUGACCAGCCUCCUAUGGGUGCUGGUAACUACCGAGGCUGUUGGGGCCUCCAACUGGUUCACCAGAACGGUAUACAACAGAUGGCACGAAACCGAACUGGAACGGUGGCUCUCCGACCACAGCAUCCCGUAUCCCACGCCGGCAGACCGCAAAGAUCUCGAGAAUCUGGUAAAGGCAAAUUGGGACUCGAAAGUGCAGCAGCCCUUGGGCCGUUUUACCGGUUAUACUUCCGACCAGAUUCAUCAUGCGAGAGAAUGGGUCUUCGAGACCUGGUCAGAAUCACAGCUCAAGGCAUUCCUUGACGCGCACGGUAUUCCUCCUCCUCAACCGAGUAGACGUGAAGUGCUCUUAGGGGCAGCCCGUGAGAAUUAUGAAGCCAUUGCAAAGAAACUUGGAGAGACAGCCGCCUAUCCUGGCAAUUGGCUCUACGAACAAUGGAGCGAAUCUGACCUUAAAGCCUGGCUGGAGGAGCACGGGUGGCCCGUACCGGAGCCCACUGACAGGGACAGGCUUAUUGCGUCCGUACGUCGCAAUUCGCGUCUCGCUUCUCUGAGGGCACAGAGUCUUGCCUCAUCUGCUUCGGCCUCGGCACAAGCGGCACAGGAUACUUUGAGUGAUGCUCUGUUCCAUGCCUGGUCCGACUCGGAGUUGAAGAAAUUCCUUGACGAGCAUGGCGUGAAAGUACCGCAAGGGUCUAGGCGCAAUGAGCUAAUCGCCCUGGCAAGGAAGCACCGUGCCAUGUUGCUCAGUCGUGCAUCUUCUGCAUCCGAGGCGGCCGUGUCGUCGGUUUCAGACUUUUUCGGAGCCGCCACAUCUAAGGCUGGUAAUGAGUACGCAAGGGCCACUGAUGAUAUCAGGCUGGCGGGAUACGAUGCCUUCGACACCGCCGUCGCUGUCUGGUCCGACUCUCGUCUCAAGGCAUAUCUGGAUGCGCGAAGCAUCCCUGUUCCCCAGGGGGGGAGACGCGAUGAGCUCCUAGCUAAAGUAAGAGCAAGCAAGUUCAAGGCCGCUAACGAAUGGAAUCCCUGGACUUUCGAUACCUGGGACGCAGAACACCUCAAAAAAUACCUCUCUUCAAUGAGUACUGCCACCGCCCGUCGCGCAGAUGUGACCCGCGAAGAACUCAUGCGACAAGCCCAAGACACAUACGUCAAAGCCUCCAAAGUCGGCGGUUCAAGCUACGCAUCAGCCACUUCCUACAUGGCACAGGCAACCGGAAGUGCCAAGGACGUUACCUUUGACAAAUGGUCCCGCUCCGAACUCAAGGCUUAUCUGGACUCUUUUGGGAUUCCGGUCUACCAGGGGUCAAAUGUUAAUGAACUACGCGCUGCCGCGAGACGCAAUGCCUACUAUUUCAAAUACGGGACUAUGACUCCGCCGAGCACUAUUUAUGCGAGUUUCAUGGAUACUAUCCAGUGGGUUCUGGACCGGUUAAGACUUGGUGCCCUCACUGGGAGGGAGAAGGGGUAUGAUACUGCGGAACGGGUGAGGCAGGGGACGGAACACUUUGCACAUUCUGAGUUGUGAGGAGCUGUUCUUUCUGAACUCGUGUCAUCUGCACUUAUUUCUCUUAUUACUCCUCAAGAGCUUAUGAAGGGUGCUUUCGAUUCUUGUUCUUACAUUGGUGGAUGUGGUUGUUUGAUGGCUUGGGAUGUGUAAAAAUACAUAGGAGCGUACAUUCAGUAUGUUAUAUAGCUUAACUCAAUGGCAUUUCCCCCA